AUGCAAGCCAUCAAAUGUGUAGUUGUCGGUGAUGGUGCCGUGGGUAAAACAUGCUUACUCAUCAGCUAUACUACAAAUGCCUUUCCUGGUGAAUAUGUACCUACUGUUUUCGACAACUAUUCGGCUAACGUGAUGGUUGAUCAAAAACCAGUAAACCUUGGCUUGUGGGAUACAGCAGGUCAGGAGGAUUAUGAUAGACUCAGGCCACUUUCAUACCCGCAAACAGAUGUCUUUUUGAUAUGCUUUUCUCUGGUCAGUCCUUCAUCGUUCGACAAUGUUCGUAUUAGAUGGUACCCGGAAAUAUGUCAUUAUGCUCCGAAUACACCCAUAAUUCUUGUCGGGACAAAAUUAGAUCUUCGUGAAAAAACUGUCAGCUCUAAUGGUCCUAAAAAUAGUCAAAUGACACCAGUAACGUAUCAGCAGGGGUUGAUCAUGGCAAAGGAAAUAAAGGCUGUUAAAUACUUGGAAUGCUCUGCCUUAACUCAGGCUGGAUUGAAGAAUGUUUUCGAUGAGGCUAUUCGAGCAGUACUCCUGCCGCCAAAGCGAAAGAAGAAACGCAGCUCUUGUGAAUUGGUGUAA